AUGAUGUGGAUCCUCUUUCUGCUGCCGUGCGUGUUCCAAGCCACUGCUGCGAAUCAGCAAGAAUUCCUUGCUCACCUCGUAGCUACAGAUAUCCGAUUUAUGCGAGGCUCUCAUCUAGACGCGGAUGAUUCGCCAAACUUGUCAGCAUAUGAACGCCAGGCACGUCGCAAUAUUAGAUAUCUGCAAGAUCGGGGUGUCACUGUCGAAGAAGGUUGGAACCUGUUCCAAGCUUAUGGAACAUGGAACGCCAGAGUGGGCUUGCCGCAGCCAGGUAUCAUCCUGCUGGUUGGAGUUUGGAACCAUGAAGUCAGCGAAGAAGGUGCAGUUUCAGACGGCACACUUUCAGGCCGCCAGUUUCUAGGGCUGGCGAUGGAAUCUUUGAAAGCGCAGUUCCCAGAUGCCACGAUCUUGGCUGUGAACUCUUUGCGGCAUUUGAAUGUGACGAUGGGUCCCAUGGGAUAUGUGGGCUAUCCGUUGAAGGAAGGCCACGGCAUCGAUAUGCUCAGGUAUCCGCACGCGAUCUCCACCCGAGAGCCCUUGGGCCUUGGGGCACUGGCCACCGGACAGGUGGAUGAUCUCCACCACUUCUUGGUCCAAGAUGCGGGACAUGCACGACAUUCUGCCCCCCAUGCCUUCGACAUCAUGGCUUUUCUGCGUGCAGCACUGACCACCGGCAAAAGAAUUCUACAACUUGGAGGAAAUCGUUUCCAGUUCUUGGUAGCAUUUCUCCAAUACAUGGAUGCACACUCCUGGCAAUCAUUGCCACACCCUUCAGGCUUCGCAUUGUCAUCACCUUCGGCGCUGCCAGCCAGGGUGUCCUGUGUACCGUGCCGGGGAUCGGAGUGCAAGCAAGAAGGGCAUGGAUUGGUGCCCUCGGCCCCGUUUACUUUCCCAGAGCUUGCGGAUUCACAAGCCAACGCUCCGUCAGCGGACACGGCACUGGCCUGGCUGGAUGCCAUACCUCUAGGUCUCCUACAAGGCCAGAAUUUGUCCUGCGAAGCGCUACGGAAUGAAUUGCGGCGCUCCCGGCAGGAGGAGCCUGAGGAGCGGACCUCUUUCCCUUUGGUGCGAAAGUGGUGCACGGUCUACAUGGGAGCCAGUUUUGGUGGUUCGUCGAAGUUUGAGGAGGAGGCCAAGAACUUUGGGCGUCUCCUAGCCCGGAGUGGAGUGGGUUUGGUUUAUGGCGGGGGCAAUGCGGGUUUGAUGGGCGUGGUGGCCGAUGCCGUGCUUGCAGAAGGCGGCUACGUGAUCGGUGUUCGUCCUGCUGGGAACUUGUUGACUGCAGAGCAUGAGCACAAAAACCUCUCACAGAUGAUUUUUACCAAGACCAUGCAUGAGCGCAAGCAAACGAUGGUCGACUUGGCGAACUUUCUUGUGGCACUGCCGGGCGGUUUGGGAACUUUGGACGAGUUGGCUGAUGCCGUUGUCCUUUCCCAUCUCGGCACACAUAGGAAGCCGGUGUUCCUUCUGAACACAAACAGCUUUUGGACACCCCUUCUCAAGUUCGUGGAAACGAUGGCAGCCUCAAAGUUUCUAAAAGAAGGGCGCUGGGCCGAACUGGUCGAAGUUGCUGAAAGUGCUGAGGACUUGAUCCGGAAGCUACAGCGAGAGGACGAGGAUAUUGAAGCCAAAACGUCUUUCUUGCAGUUGCAGGUGGCGACCGUGACCACGCUCAGUGAUCAGGUUGGUGCUUGCCCCUUCAGGGUUGGGCUGUUGCCCGCUUUGGCCAUAGGCUGUGUUACCUCUAUCAUAGCUGCCUUGUUUGGUGUGCAUUCGAGAUCCGUGUCCUCUGGCCGAUGCGUGGUGGAUCUAUUCAUGGUGAUUACCGUGCUGGCUGCAACCUCUCGCAUGAUCAGUGUUCCGGAUUCGCAUGCCCUCUCUCUUGCUCUUAAGCAGGGAGCUUCCUGGUCGGGCCUCUACCUCGGUAUUUCCAAGUGGGGCGAUAUGAUCGGGAAUCUUAUAUGUGCUUUUCCACUCCACUUUUGGCCAGACUUCUGGCAAAACAGCAGUCGCCAGGCCAUGAUGUGUGGCCUUGCCGUCAUGUCGGCGGGAUCAGCCCUUUGCUUGGUGACACUCUCGCAGGUUGGAAAUGAAGAUUCUUCGAAGCUGGCAACCUUGCUCUGUGCAUCGAGGGCUAUCAUCGGAGUGGGGAAUGGUAUGGUGACUCAGCUCGUCAUCGUCCUUUUGUCGAAGCUCACUCCUCCUUCGGAGCUGCCUCAGGAGUUUCAGCGUGCCGUCUUCUACGUCACGGUUGGCACGGGCUUGGGCCCCCUGGCUGCUGCAGCCGGCUACUCCUUAAACCUGUGCACCACUCCCAACGUGCCUCAGUUUAAGACCGUGGGUCUCAUUCAGCUGAUUCUGCUCUCCUCUGGCUUGUGCAUGGUUAUUCUCUUCUACCCAGCAAAGAUCAGCAACGAAGAUGUGAAGAUCGUGGCGGAGGUGGAAGGGAGUGGCGCUCGUCGUCCUAUGCCUUGCUUUCGGAAGAUGGUGAUUUUGACGGGAUUGAUUUUGUGUGCCUUGCGGAGCUUUGUGGCAGGAUCUGUCGAGGUGGGGACGCCGCUGCUGCUGGAAGACCGGUUUGGGUGGAGCAUCGCCUCCACAGGUCUAAUCACAGGCGUUGCCUUUCUGAUGGGUCUUCCCAUCCGUUUCGUACAAAGUUGUUUGGGAGGUUAUUAUGCAGGUGAGGUGGCCUGGAUCCGCUUGCUCACGAUCUCAGCAGCACUCGGCACGCUGUUGCUUCUCCGUGCAGCAGGCAGACUGCUUCCUGGCGGCUACUCGCUAGUCCUCGGUGAUAUGAUCAUCUUUCCAUCCAUCUACCUGAGUGAAGGACUCACGCAGGGCUUGAUGAUGCGAUUUGUGCCACACGGAGGCUCAGACUCAAUUUUUGAAGCAAGCUCCAUCGCGUUGAUCAUGGACAUGCUAAUCAAUGCUUUCCUGGGUUUGGGUGCCGUGGGAGCACGCAGCAUCAUUGAGGCUGGAGGACAGUGGGGUCAAGACUUCAAUGCCGGCGUGCAGCUCUUGUGCUGCCUUGUCUUUCUCGUGCUCUUCGAGGUCGGCAUGGCUCCAUACAUCAAUAAAAACAAGUGA